AGGUAGUAAUUCAGUAAGUUAAGACCCACCAAGACCAAACAAACCAAAGAAUCCCUUUCCUUGAUAAACCAGCAAACAAAAUAAAACAGCAGCUCAAUGCUGCAACUUCCCCCGGCUAAUGAAUUUCCUAGACAACUAGUCGUCACAGAUUUUUGAUAUAACUGUAUUGAUUAUAAUGUAUAUCACGGGGCUGGAGUCAAACAAAGUUAAAAUAUAAAUCUAAAGUACAUUUUUCUCUGUCAGUAGAUUAUCAGGAGGACUGACUGUGAACUGAUGUCCUGAAUGUGUUUUUCAAGUUUUAUAAAAAAUGAAUUCACAAUGUAAUGUUGAUUCUCUCUUAUUGUAAUUUGUUUGAACAACAUAAGUUUCUAAAUGUUGGAGACCCUGACUGUACAUUUAUAACAUCAAACAUUUCUCUGUUCACAUUAUUGUCAACUGGACUAAAACCCAAAUGUUUAACGUCCUUCAGGUCCAGUGUGUCUGUCACUGCACUACUCUCCACCGCUCAUAUAUGUCGUUUUGGGAGUUAUUGCCAAUCAACCAAUAAUGUUUGUGUGAAAGCUGCUCAGCCGGUUUCUUUCCAUUCCAACGGCUGCUUCUCUGGAAACAGUUUAAAGUGAAACUAAAGUUUUCUCCUCACAGUGUCGGCAGAUUAUCAGGAGGAGGAAAGUGACAACUGGCUGUGAACUGAAUGUGUUUUUCAAGUGUUCGUUUAGUGAGAAGCAGACUAAUGAGGACUUUGUGGUUGUUGUAGUUUUUACAGGAAGAUGAAGAUGUUUGUGGUGUUUGUGAUCCUCGUGCACGUUUCCCAGCAUGCCUCAGCUGUGGAGCUGUAUGAGGGGGAUGAGUUUGUCCUGCUGCCCUGUGAGUUUCAAACUUUUGAACUGGACAACCCCUCAGUGGUGUGGAGCCGCUACGAUCUCAAUCCUCCAACCGUCCACCAGCGUCAGCAGGAAGGUGAUGAACUUAAAGACCAAAACCAGCUUUACAGCGGCCGAACAUCCAUGAUGGCUGACGCUCUGGAAACUGGAGACCUCAGCCUCAAUCUGACAAAACUCUGCCUCUCUGACAGCGGCACCUACACCUGCACCGUCAGAGCAUUAGGAGGACAACAGAGAGUGAGAGACAUACAGCUGCAGGUCAAAGAACGAUUUCCAUCCUGGGCCACAGCUCUCCUGGUUCUCCUAGCUCUUGGUCUUAUUGUUUCUGGGAUGCUUUUAGUGCAUUUCCGGCAGUAUUUUAUGUCAGUCUACCAGGUGGAGGUGGAUUCAGGGGUGGAGUCUGUCCUGCUGCCCUGCAAAACCACAGUUCACCUGCCUGAGGACGUCACAGUGGAGUGGACGGACAGUGACAACUGGAAGGUCCAUGUGUAUCAGAAUGGCCCUGAUCAGCCUGAAGAACAGAUCCAGGAUUACAGAGACCGAACAGAGAUGAAGAGAAACCUGCUGGAACCUGGAGACCUCAGUCUGACCCUGAAAUACCCCACAGACAGAGACAGUAACACCUACACCUGCAUUGUCUACAACGGGGAGAGAAAGAUCCUGAUGAAGAAGCAAGUGGAGCUCCAGGUCAGAGUCUACCAGGUGGAGGUGGAUUCAAGGGUGGAGUCUGUCCUGCUGCCCUGCAAAACCACAGUUCACCUGCCUGAGGACGUCACAGUGGAGUGGACGGACAGAAAUGUCAGGAAGGUCCAUGUGUAUCAGAACGGCUCUGAUCAGCCUGACGAACAGUACAGUCGUUACAGAGCCCGAACAGAGAUGAAGAAAGACCUGAAACCUGGAGACCUCGGUCUGACCCUGAAAUACCCCACAGACACAGACAAUGACACCUACACCUGCACCGUCUACAGGGAGAGAAAGAUCCUGAUGAAGAAACAAGUGAAGCUCUGGGUCAGAGUCUGUCAGGUGGAGGUGGAGGAGGGGGCGGAGUCUGUCCAACUGCCCUUUAAGACCACAGCUAACCUGCCUGAGAAGGCUAGAGUGGAGUGGAGCCGCUAUGAACCCGAACCCAUGAUGAUGGUCCAUGUGUCUCAGAACAGUUCUGACCGGCCAGAAAAACAGAACCUAUAUUACAAAGAUCAAACAGAGAUGAAGGAAGACCUGCUGAAAACUGGAGACCUCAGUCUGACCCUGAAAUCCCCCAAAGAGAGAGACACAGGAAGAUACUGCUGCAUUCUUGACAACAAGGACAUCACUAGACAGAAAACAGUGCAACUCAAUGUCAGAGGGAGAACCAGGAACAGAAGCAGCUCCAUUGAUCCAACUCCUCUGAUGGCUGAUCGAUCUGUUUGAUUGGUCUGUUGAUCAAUCUUUGAUUAUUGAUCUGAUCUGACUUUGGAUCAGUGAGAAAAUGGAGGUGAAGAAGCUGAUGGACGACAGAUGAAGACAGGAGGACGCUCUGACUCCAUCCGCUAACUAUCUCACACAGUCUACACCCUCACUUCAGUUUUUAUUUCUCCUCUUGUUAUCCGGAGCUGCAGUGAUGGAAGAAGAGAUUAAAAACAUCAGUUCAAAGACACUUUAUUGAAACUGCAGCUUUAAUCUUCAUCAUCAUGUAUUAAGUGUCAGAAAGUGUUAAAAUCUGUUUUCGAACCAGAGUGACACCCGAAAAUCUAUCUGUAUUGAUCUUUAUUACAUGUUACCUUCAUGUGUACUUUGGUCCUUGUCAGGAUCCUGAAGAUGUUAUUGUUUUAGUUUAGUUAUUUCCUUAUGUCUCUUGUGAAACUUCCUGCGUCUGUUUUCCGGCCAGUUUUGAAUAUCUGCCUCGCAACAAAGUCCCUGUGUUGAAAUAAAAUCAUUGAACUGUA